AUGGUUAAAAAUAAAAAUCAAGACAAAGAAAAAAGUGAUUAUUUUUAGUCUCAUAACAUUUUCUUUUCAAAAAUUUCAAAAUUCAUCAAUAAAUGUAAUCAUUUGAAUGAGGAGAAAUAUAUAUAAAAUGAAGAUGUAGACCAAUUUAUUGCUUAAAAUACAAAUGUUCAAUCUCAAAUUGAGCAAUUAGAAGAAUAUCUAUAAUAAAAUAAGAUGGAGUUUCAAGAAACAAAAUUUAAUUUGCUUAAAGUGUAUCUAUAUAUGACUGGGUUACCUCUCUUGAAAGGCUUUAUUUUGUAAAUGACUAAUGAAUUACAAUCAGCUUUAGGAAUUUUCCUCCUUGAUAUGAUUACUAACUAAUUUAAGAAAUUUAGCUAAACUGACAGAGAAAAAUUAUAAAUUUCUUUAGUUUUAAUUGCUAUAGUGGUUAAUUACACAGUUAAAAAUUUUGCUCAUGUUUAAUUUGAGUGGAUUAAAUUUAGAUGGAAUGCAUUAUGUAGAACUACUUUGUAAUAUUUAGUGUAUAAGAAGUCCCAAAAGGUUCUGAGUUUUUCUAAAGCUAAUUCUGAAGUAGUAGAUGAAAAAUAAUAAAAUGAAGAAAGCGAAUAAAGCUUAAAAAAUAUAGAUAGUAUCUCUUUUGAAAACAAUAACCCAGAUAUUAAUAAUUUGCUAACAACUGAUGUAGAAGGUUCUUUAGAUAUGUUUUGGGGUAUUAACUAAACAGUUGGAAGUCUAUUAGUUAUAUUUACAACUUUGAUCUACAUUUACUCUAAAGUAGGUUUCUAUGUGAUCUAUGGAGUAGCGAUGUUGCUUUUUUCAAUUCUUUUUAGUAUUGUUAUGGGCUAUCUAAUUAGUAGAACAAUAAGCAAAAUGAGUAUGUUUAAAGAUUAAAGGGUAUCCAUGAGUAAAGAUGUUGUAGAAGGCAUAAAAAAUAUAAAAUUUUUAGGCUGGGAAAAUAUUUUCUCCUAAAAGCUCAAAGAGUUAAGAAAGAAAGAAUUCAAAUAAAUAUCUUUUGUUAGAAUUUUAGAUGGUUUAUAGACAACUUUUUUCAUUAGUUCAUCAUAUUUUCUUUUAUAUAUUUUGAUAUCAUCAUUUGUAGAUGAUGGUAAUAACUUAUCAGAUACAAAUGUUUUUACAAUAAUAGCUUUGUUUGGAAAUUUAGCUCAUCCAAUAGGAAUGAUUCCAUUUUCAAUUAGGUGUAUCUCAAAAUCAAGAAUUUCUUUUAUUAGGAUUCAAAAUUUUUUAAAUUUAAAAGAAAUAAAUAACACCAGAGUCUAAACUUAAAUUACAGAAUCUUCACAAUCCUAACAAGCGAUACUCAUUAAAAAUGGUUAAUUUUAAUGGCCUGAUUUAGAAAGAAAACAUAAUUUACCUAAAACCGAUACCAAAUAAACAAAUCAAAACUAUUAGUCAUAAUCAACCUUGAUAAAGUCUAAAACAUCGUUCGAUAUUUUCUAACUAUAAAUAGAAAAUUUAAAAGUGAGCAAAGGCACUUUAAAUUUUGUAAUAGGCAAAAUAGGUUCAGGUAAAACAGCUUUACUGCUUGCCAUAUUAAAUGAAAUGGAGUAAAUAUCAGAUGCAAGAUAAUCAGGAGUAGAUAAAGCAAUCAAAUGUGAAGGAGAAAAAUAAACUUAAGUUUAUGUUUAUGGAAGUAUUGCCUAUGUAAGCUAAAACCACUGGCUUUAAACUUAAACGAUAUAAGAGAAUAUUUUAUUUGGAAAACCAUAUGAAGAGGGAUUGUAUAACAAGUGCUUGGAGCUAUGCUGUCUCUAAACGGAUUUUUCAAACUUUUUAAAAGGAGAUUAAAAGUUUGUUUCAUCUGAUGGUAGCAAUUUAAGUGGUGGGUAGAGAUAAAGAAUUUCCUUAUGUAGAGCAUUAUACCAAGAAAAAGAUAUUUAUUUACUUGAUGAUAUUUUUAGCUCACUAGAUAUUCAUGUUGCAUAAUAUAUCUUCUAAAAUGCAAUUGUUGACUACCUAAUCAAAUAAAAGAAGAAAACAGUAAUACUAACAACUAGCAAUUAUGGAUUUAUUUCAAACUAAUAUGCUGUUGAUUUUUAAGUUUUAUACUUAAAUGAAGGAAAUUUAAUCUAAAAAGAGUAAGAUAUCUAAAAUUACAUUUUUUAGACUGAAAUAAACUAAAUAAAGCAUACAGAAAAUAAUAUAAGUAUUAAAUAAUCUAAUGUAAUUAAAGAUAAAAAUUCUAUCCAACUCCACAAUGAUAAAAACGAUUUCAUAGAUUAAUCAGCUGAAAAUUUUUUAAAAACUCAAGGAAAUAUUGAACAUGUUCAAAAUUCUCCUUAUUUUGAGGGUUAAUUAAAGUAAAUUAAUCUAAAAUAAGAUCAAGAAGAAACUAAGAAGUUUAGUGAUGAGGAAUAAGAAUAAAAAGAAAAUGAAACUAUUAAAUUAGAAACUCUAAUGACAUAUCUAAAAAGCUAAAACCUCAUACUACUAUUUUUACUAUUUUUAUCUUAUGGUUUAGUAGAGGCUACAACUUUGCUAAUAGAUAGUUGGUUAAAAGAUUAAUUAACAUUUAAAGACAUUUAACAAUCUAAAUUUUUAAUUAUUAACUAAUGGUUUUCUAGUUUUUCUAAAACUCUUUAAUUUCUAACUAUAGUGCAGCUAAUAUUUACUUUAGUUUCAUAGACAUUUUUUGUUAUAACUUCUUUGCUUAGUUCUUAAAGAAUUUUUAAUAGACUAAACAAUGCUAUUAUGUUUAGCAAAUCAGUUUUCUUUGAUAAAACUCCUGUAGGACAUAUAAUUACUAGAUUAUCAAGUGAUAUGAAUACUGUAGAUGACUCUCUACCUUAUUUUUUUAUAAAAUCUGUUACAUUACUUGCUUAUGCAGUUGGGUAUUCAGUAGGCAUAUCGAUACAAAUUCCUGAGAUGAGUAUUUUCUUUCUUCAAGCCUUUUUAAUCUCCUAUUCAAUAUCAAAGCUUUAUAGAUGUGCUAAUAGGUAAAUAAAAAGAUUAAAUUAGAUAAAUGAAGGGGAUUAUUAAAGUCAUAUUUCAGAAUCCUGUAAAGGCGUAGUAGUAGUUAGAUCAAUGCAAAAGUAAAGUUAUAUGAUUUAGAUGUAUAUUUAAAAGCUUUCAAAAAGCAUUAAUACAUUUAUUCUUUCACUUUCAAUGGAGAUGUGGAUGUUUGUUAGACUUUAUACUUUUACUAAUAUAGUUUAAUUAAUAGCUGUUUUAAGAAUAAUUUACUCUAUAUAUACUGAAGAGCAAGCAGACUAAAAUAUGAUAAUAUAAUGUCUAUCAUAUAUUAUACUUUUUAGUGGAUCUAUUUGUGAUUUGGUAAAUUAUUCUUGUAUGUUUGAAUAAGAAUUAAUAAGUGUUGAAAGAAUUAGAUAGUAUUUUAGUAACAAAUAGGAGAAAUUAGAUCAAUCAAUUUAAAAUGAUUAAAUAUUGAAUGAUAAUGAUAAAUCUAUUGAAGAUAAAUAGUAUUCUAUCAUUUUUAAAAAUGUUAGCUUAACUUAUGAGUAAAUAAAAUAAGAUAACAUUUCCAGCAUAGAAUAUGCCCUUAACGAUUUUAGCUUAAAAAUUAAAAGAGGAGAAAAAAUUGCUAUUUGUGGGAGAACAGGCUCAGGUAAAACAUCCAUCCUAAAUUGCUUGUUCAGAUUAUAUGAUUAUUAAUAAGGAUCAAUUUUUAUAGACAACUAAAAUAUUCUUAGUAUGUCAUUAAAAUAAUUAAGAAGCAAAAUGUCUGUUAUACCAUAGUUUGGUUUUUUAUAUAAUUCAUCUUUAAGAAAUAACAUAGAUCCUAUUUAAGAAAAAUCUGAUCAAUAAAUCCAAGAUUUUAUUUCAUAUGUUUACAAGUAGUCUGCUUAACAAGAAUAAAAUCAAUACUUCGAUAACUUAAACCUAGAGAUUUAAGAUGGAGGAAAAAAUCUAUCAAAUGGAUAGAAGUAAAUAAUUAAUUUCGUUAGAGCCACAUUAAGAGAUUCUGAAAUAAUAUGUCUAGAUGAAGCUACCUCUAAUAUGGAUCCAAGUACUGAUAAAUUGAUUCACACAAAAUUAUUUGAAAUUAGUUAAGAAAAAACACUAUUAGUAAUAACUCAUAGAUUAGAAAACAUAUAAAAAUACGAUAGAAUUAUUGUACUUAACUAAGGAAAAAUAGUUGAAUCUGGAAAUUAUGGUGAUUUAAUAAAAAUAAAAGGAGGAUUUUUUAAUAAACUCUUAUUGUAAAAUUUAAGCAACUAAUGA